AUGACUUUAAAUCCAAUGGAAAUAUUCGAUAAACAUAUAGGUUCGAUUACAAUGCGACCACAUGCCGGUCGAUGGUUGGCAAUUUUGAUUGGUAGUGUAUGUAUCCUCGUAUUAAUUAUCCUUCGUCAACCAACGAAACCUAUUGAGGACAAUGUGAAUAGUGACAUUGCAACAAAAUUAAAUGAAGAAGCAUCAAAAAGUCGUUGGCCGAUACAACGUGCACAAGCAUGGUAUACUUCUCAGCCAUGGUUACUCGGUGCUAAUUAUUUACCAUCAACAUCUGUCAAUGUUCUUGAAAUGUGGCAAGAUACAUUUGAUGAAAUAACAAUCAAACGUGAACUUGAAUGGGCAAAUAAACGAUUACGAAUGAAUUCAUUACGAGUUUUUCUUCAUAUACUUGUAUGGAGAGAAAAUCCAAAAAAAUUUUUUGAACGCCUAGAUACAUUUCUUGAUAUUUCAAAUAAGAAUAAUAUAAAAAUUAUGCUAGUUCUAUUUGAUGAAUGCUGGCAAGCUGAACCACAUUUAGGCAAACAACCAGAACCUAUACCAGGUGUACAUAAUUCACAAUGGGUUAGAUGUCCUGGUCAAUCGAUGGUGCUAAAUAAAACAAGUUGGCCAAUACUUAGACAAUAUACAAUAGAUGUUAUUACUCGUUAUAAAUCUGAUGAACGUGUUUUUGUAUGGGAUCUAUAUAAUGAACCUGAAUGUAGUAAACAGGUGGAGAUUAUCUUACCUUUACUUCAUUAUAUACACAAAGCUGCUCGAUCAGUUCCCGAUGUUCAACAACCAAUGACUAUUGGCAUAGCCACAUGGCCAUUGACAACACAAUUAGCAUUAUUUGAAUUAUCGAUUUCAGACGUCAUAUCAUUUCAUUCAUAUCGUCCAUUAGCAGAUCUUAUACAAAAUAUAACUAAUUUACGUCAAGUUCAACCAGGUCGACCUAUUCUUUGUACAGAAUGGCUUGCACGUCCAUUUGGAUCAACAUUAUUUACACAUUUAGAUUAUUUUAAAAGUGAAAAAAUCGGUGCAAUACAAUGGGGUCUUGUAGCUGGUCGAUCUCAAACAUAUUAUCAAUGGAGAUCACCAGAAAAUGCACCAAUGCCACGAGUAUGGUUUCAUGAUGUUUUAUAUCCAAAUGGAACAGCAUUUAGUCAUCUAGAAGAAAAACUUUAUUUUGAAAUGAAUCAUUGA